AUAAGUGGGCUCAUUCACUCGAACGAAAAUUCAGUAAAUCGUAAAAAAGCAUUUUGUAGGUCCGAAUUAAAGGCCCAAAAGUUAAUCUUCGGUUGUUCUCGGGUUUCCGGUCUUUACAGUAAAAAUGGCAGUCAACUCCUCCGUCACGAUUCACAACAACCCGGCGGCUCGUUUAACCAAAAUAGAAAACCGGUGCUUCAGACAAUGUCACAAACUCCCUACUAAACCCGGUUUCCAGUUUCCCAUUCCCAAAGCACGUGACCUCACCAAAAUCUCCGUCGUGGAACAGUUCCGCAACCGCGUGGAGAAAACCGCCGACGAGAUCCGCCGUCUUCGGGUUUCAGCUGAGGCUCAAAAGCCCCUCUUCCGCACUUUUUUCUCGAAAACUCAACAGUUCAUCGAACGCUUUACUGUUCGUGAAGUUGAAAACGAGAAAAUGGCGCUCAAGCGUAAUUUGCUUAUGAUGAUCGUUGUAUUUGGAGUAAUGGCGAUGGUGAAAGGUCCAGCAGAAGCCCUAGCUUCUAGUUCUCCUUCUGCUUUUGUUCAAAAUGUCAUAUAUUCUAACAAGAUCGCCAUCUUCUCCAAAUCCUAUUGCCCGUACUGCCAGCGUGCCAAACGCAUCUUCAAUGAACUUCAAGAACAACCAUUUGUGGUGGAGCUUGAUCUUCGAGACGAUGGCGGUCGUAUUCAAGAUGUCCUUUUGGAUCUGGUGGGCCGCAGCACAGUCCCGCAAGUGUUUGUGAAUGGGAAGCAUAUUGGUGGUUCAGAGGAUCUUCAAAAUGCUGUCAAGAACGGUCAGUUGCAAAGUCUACUUAAGAAAGAGUAAAGUACUGCAAGUUGAGAGAUUCAAGCAUCUUAUCUGAAUUCCUGAAGCUACAAUGCAUUCAUGGAGAGCUUAGUUUAGUUUGGUAGGUCCAGCUCUAAACUAAAAAUUUGUAUGCUUACUAUGCUGUUCGUUUUGUUUCUCAUGCUGAAAAAUGGGUAUCUGGACAAACAACAAGGGAUUUGAACUUAAUUCAAAUGCAUAUGUCCUUCACUAGCUAUAACUUCAGUGUACACUGUGCAGAGACAGCAGGUUGUUUACAAAUGAACAAAAGUAAAAUGGAAUAGGAUAACAAGAGGCGUGGAAUUAGAGAAAUCCUCUAGUACAGACUAUGCUCCAAUUUCAGUUAUGUUGUUCAAAUUUCAAACUUCAGAUGCUAAUUUAUGUGCAUCUAGAUUCUAAAACCUGUGGAUACAAAUGUUCCCAGAAGAUUAAUAUCUGAGCGAAUGGCAGUAUGAAAAAGCUUGUGUAGAUCCGAAGUGUAACAAAUAUAGACAUAAGAGUGAAGAAAUGCCAUGCUUGGCACAUAAGGAAAGCUACUAACUCAGAUCCUUUGUAUUCAUUUAGAAAAAUAUCUGCUGGCCUAAUCUGUUGCAUUUAUAAUUACUGCUAAAUGCCAUUA